AAAACCACCACGAAAAAUGUACGCCUAGCUAGCUCGGAGCUUGUCCAAGCAGAGCUCUGCACGUACUGAACCUGAACACACAGUAGAGUAGCGCAACGGAUCUCGAAAUGGCUGCGAGGCUUGCGCUCCUCAUCCUUGCCACGACCUUCCUCCUCUCCGCCGCCGCGGACGGGGGCAGCACCAACUGCCCGUCGCCGCCAAUGACCCCGACCCCGACGACGCCACAGCCUCCUCCGUCCGACGGGGGCGGGGGCGGGGGUGGUAACGGCUCCGCCGGCAGCUGCCCGAUCGACGCGCUGAAGCUCGAGGUGUGCGCGAACGUGCUGAACCUGCUGAGGCUGAACAUCGGCGUGCCAGACGACGAGCAGUGCUGCCCGUUGCUGCAGGGGCUCGCCGACCUCGACGCCGCCGUCUGCCUCUGCCUCGCCAUCAGGGCCAACAUUCUCGGCAUCGUGCUCAACGUCCCCAUCGACCUCACCCUCCUGCUCAACUACUGCCACAAGGACCGCGUCGCCAGCUUCACCUGCCCGGCGUGAUGCUGUGCAUGCAUGCAGGCGUGCAUGACAGUACGUGUCAUGCAUGUACGGAGUACAUGCGUAUUUCUACACACAGAUCGGGACCUCUAUAUAUAUACUCCAUCUGGACACCGCCGUAACGACCCAUCGAUAAAAUCGCGUGUGCUGCAUGCGUAUUAUUUGUUAUAAAUAAAAUACUGUUUCCAAUUUGCGCGUAUGCCGGAUGUAUUGCAAUAUUUGGAUUAGGUAUGUAAUUAAGUAAACUUCCGUAUGCGUGUGUAAUGGCGGAUCUGUAUUAAAAAAAAGAAAAUGGCAUAUUAUUUGCCAA